CUUGUUAGUGACGUAUCAGACGAGGGAGUGUAAACUGUGUUUUGUAUUAUUGAUAUUUAGUUAUUUAUAGAUAAAUGAAGUAAGGGAAUAUUGCGAAUUCUAUUAAAAUGCCUAAAGAUUUUAAAUACGAUGUGGUGCUUCUUAUUGAAAGCGUUCGUGAUAGACCGUGCCUUUGGGAUAAAUCGUUGGAAAAUUACAAGGACCGCGUCGAAAGGAGAACAGCUUGGGAAGAAAUAUUCUCAAUUUUGGACGAGAGCUAUGAAGAAAUGUCACCGGAGAUGAAGAGGAUAACGGGUGAACUCAUACUCAACAAAUGGACAAACAUUCGAGAUACCUUCGUCAAGACUCUCAAGACUAGAAUGGGCAAGCCUAAGAAAAAAUACUUAUUAUAUGAACAUUUAAAAUUUCUAACAAAAAUAACACCAGAAGAACACUAUAAUCUCACGAAUUACGACGUCGAAGUGCCAAUGUUAUUUAAAUUAGAAGAAGAAAAAAUUAAACCAAGUUAUAGUAGAAAGAGAACUAAGCAAGUCGAUGAAAAUGAAAUGAUAUCACCAAAGAAAUCUCCAGUUUUCGAUGCUACUAACGAAUUGGAUUUCGUCGGCGUUGAUGAGACAAACGAUCCUCGAGUUAUGAACGAAGACGAGGCAUUUUUCGCAUCAUUGCUCCCCACAGUCGUGAAAUACAACGAAGACGAACGAUUAGAGUUUAGAAUGGAAGUCUUAGCUGUUAUGAAAAACAUAAAAGAUAAAAGGGUAAGUUUUCCUUAGACAAUUUCGUACGUACCGAAUUCUAAGAGUACAAUUUACACUGGCUACACAGAAAGUCUGGAUUCAUGAAAUUACAAUGACGUGGUCUCGAUGGAAAUACCCAUAGAAGUACAGAGAUUGACGAGGAAUAAAAGAGAAACGAGUCACAAAGUACUAUUUAGGGGCAACGAAUGAGAGAUAUUUGGGUUCAUCAGAAAAUAUGGACUUAAAAAAAGAAGUCUAUUUUUAUAGCGAUAAAAAGUAUAAAUACAAAGUACAAUACUGAUUUAGUACCUA